CGUAAGAUGGCGCUGCCCUUGGCGCGGUUGUGCCGCUGGGGAGCCAAACGAUGGGGGGCUGCAGCCGGGGAGGCCCGGAGAGGCGUCAGUUUCAAACUGGAAGAAAAAACCGCCCACAGCAGCCUGGCACUCUUCAAGAAGGACACAGGUGUCAAAUAUGGCUUAGUGGGAUUGGAGCCCACUCAGGUGGCCCUGAAUGUGGAGCGCUUCCGGGAGUGGGCAGUGGUGUUGGCAGACACAGCGGUCACCAAUGGCAGACACUACUGGGAGGUGACAGUGAAACGGUCCCAGCAGUUCCGUAUAGGAGUGGCAGAUGUGGACAUGUCCCGUGAUAGCUGCAUCGGUGUCGAUGACCGUUCCUGGGUGUUCUCCUAUGCCCAGCGCAAGUGGCAUACCAUGUUGGCCAACGAGAAAGCCCCAAUUGAGGGAAUUGGGCAACCAGAGAAGGUGGGGCUGCUGCUGGAGUAUGAGGCCAAGAAGCUGAGCCUGGUGGAUGUGAGCCAGGUCUCUGUGAUACACACGCUACAGACAGAUUUUCGGGGUCCAGUGGUGCCUGCUUUUGCCCUUUGGGAUGGAGAGCUGCUCACUCACUCAGGGCUUGAAGUGCCAGAGGGUCUCUAGCAUGCCCAUUACUGAAGUCCCUUAUCAUGCUUUUUGGCCAGCCUUGAGUUAAAAAUGUCAGAUGUUUUACUUUGCCCCAAAGAAUUCAGUAGCUCCACAAUUCAGUAUCAGGUCCUCUGUUCCGUCCUGUGAAAACUAGGCAUACCGCCAAGCUUUCCCCUCAGAUUACUGCCAUUUCUCUAAAUUACAGGGGGUUUAUUUUCCCUGUCUUGAUUCCUUUGGCCCCUCAGACUGUUCAGUCCUGGAACCUUGCCUUUUAGUACUGUUCCAGUAUAUUAACCGUGAUACCUCUCUUUUCCUUACCCACAUGUUGUGUUUGGGGGGCUCACCAGAUCUCUCCAGAGUGAAUUGUUUCUACCUCUGAUUGCAGGGGUGGUACAGUGACUUGCCUUUUCUCUACAGCACCUAAAAAGUCUAGGCUCUAGCUCCUUGGGUACUUUAUUGACUCAGUGGGUCAGUGAGAAGGUAUUCCUCCCCUAGUACCUCAGUGCCAUAGACCCUCAGCCCCACACAGCUGCAGCUAUCCUAAACCAAGUCCAGCUACCUUCAUUCAUGUACCUCUGACAACCAGCCAGUUUGUCAUUGUGCCAGUAACAGCUUUUACCAAAGGGGAAGAGACUCUAGGGGGAUAGCUAAAGGAUUAGAUCCAGAAGCUUUAUUCUUU